GCAGCGAGCAGCUUGCAGAGGGGGUACAUUUUACAGAGGCCGCUGGCAUACUGUUACUUCUCUGGGCGCAGGUCAUGACCUACAACAUAGGAGGGAUAUCUGGCGAAGCCUACCCCGUCUUCUGUGAGUGGUUGAUGCGACAGCGGGAGGCCGACAUCGUCCUAGUACAGGAGCUCCAUUGGGGCUGCGGUCAAAACGAGAACACAUGGCUUAUUGGCAAGUGGCAGGCCAUUGUGUCGGCAGAUCCGGCAAACCGAUACAGUGGCGUAGGGCGCUUAUUACAUGUUCGAUGUGAGACGGCGAAAAUAGUUGUGGAUGUGGUCUGCCUCUAUCAGUGGGCAGUGGAUGGGCGAAGGGGAGUUCUCGACGGCUCGGCGAGAAACAUUUCGGAGGACUUCAUGCAGAUCCUGCAGCUAAAUCAGCUGGUGCUUCUCAACACAUGGGGUGUAGCGCGAAUCCAGACGUGCUACUCCGAUCUCCCUGGACCUGACACCAUGGCCCAGCAAGCGGCGGAGGUCCAUGAUAUGGGUACUGUUUAUCGUAUCAUUCGGCAUAUUGCCAUUCAGGACUACUUUGCAGCUGCCGAUGAUAGUCCUGACCCUGUUUGGCAGCUAUGCCCGGAAGUCUUCUCGGUUUACUUGCACAGGGAGCUGAGUGCCAGCAUUGCCAACUCUCAUGAAUACCCACCUGAAAUAUCUGAGCCGUUGGGGCUACAGGAUCCCAGUGUUAAGAUUUUUGCCACGGUGCUCAAGCACAAAGUCAUGGAGCAAGCUGGUCCCGCGCAGCAGCGCAAUGCACAGGGACGUUGGGUGAGUGUUGGCACGCCGCAUCAGCCGUUGCUUAUCCCGCGUGAGGCCGAUGCAAGGUUUCUCAGGGCGGUGGCCAGGCAGCAGCUUGCGUUUCUGUCGGAGUGCGGCAGCGGUGCUAGCACCGGGCUGCCUGUUCUGCUGCCAUGUGGGACGCAUUUAGAGGUGCCUGCUGCUGUGCGUAAGAGGGCCAGGGAGUACACUGAGCACACGGUUGAUGGUAUGCGUGCCCCGUUUUGCACGGAUGCCCUGCUGCCAUUUCCACAAGUGGCAGUCAAGCUGAGGCCGGGCAGCUCCUGGGGGGACCGAGAUGGAGCUAGCCUUGCGAGCCUCAAACAGCAUCUCCGCCUUGCGCAUGCUGAUGUGUACACUCGCUAUCAAGCGGAAGCAGAGAGUAGGAAGCACAGCAUGGAUGUGACGAUUGAGAAUCAGGCGGCACUAGCACAGGCGGAGUAUGCGGAGGUCUUCGGAAUGGGAGCCGCGGAAAAGGAGAAGGAGAAGGACAAAGACAAGGAGCCGAACCCGGAUCCCUGGGCGGAGCAGGAGAGGAAGCCGAAGUACUCUCGAGGGGAGGAGAAGGGCGGCAAAGGAGGCUCCUGGAGUUCGGGCUCCGGGUGGGACCCCAAAAAGUCCUGGGGGCAGCAGGCCGGUCGGGGGAGACCAGAACCAGGCGGAAGGGGCCUUGGAUCGGCAGACGCAGUACCUGCUGCAAGCAAUGGUGCGUCUCUCGUUGAGGCACGAGCAGGAGCUCAGCAUGGUCCGUGCCGAGACAGGGUUCAUGCUGUUUCUGGAUACCCCGAUGCACCACCCAAUGUCGUUUCUGCCGAGAGACGGAUUGGACAGAGAAAAACUCCGCGGGCACCGUGA